AGAAGCGUCAAAUCUGGAACGCGCAGUGCUUUUGUAUGUCCCGUGACGGACGCCGUAGUGUGCGCGCCCCCAAGACUGGCAGCUGAGACACUCGGAAACCGACAACAACAAAAUGAAGCUGAAAGAAAUUGAGCGAUCGGCAGUUCUAGCCUGGAGCCCGGCCAACCAACACCCAAUUUACUUAGCUACAGGAACCUCUGCACAGCAGCUAGAUGCUUCUUUUAACACCAAUGCAGCGCUUGAAAUAUUUGAGGUGGAUUUUGGGGACCCUUAUCCUGACAUGAAAAGGAGGGGGUUGUACCCUGUAUCUAACAGGUUCCACAAGAUAGUCUGGGGCAGCUUUGAGGCCGGUGGAAUCGGUUCCUCAGGAGUGAUUGUUGGAGGAGGUGAUAACGGGGAGAUAACUCUGUACAGUGCAUCUCAGAUCCUAACGUCCAGCAAAGAGCCGGUGAUUGCGAAGAAUAACAAACAUUCAGGCCCUGUCCGGGCUCUUGACUUAAAUCCAUUUCAGAACAACCUUCUGGCUUCUGGUGCUAGUGAUUCUGAAGUUUUUAUUUGGGAUUUAAACAAUUUCACUGUGCCAAUGACCCCAGGAGCGAAAUCGCAGCCGAUAGAAGAUAUCUGCGCCAUUGCCUGGAACCGACAGGUGCAGCACAUUUUGUCCUCUGCUCAUCCCAGCGGUAAAGCUGUGGUAUGGGAUCUCCGCAAAAAUGAACCCGUCAUUAAAAUCAGUGACCACAGCAACAGGAUGCACUGCUCAGGAAUGAUGUGGCACCAGGAGAUUCCCACGCAGCUUGUGCUGUCCUCCGAAGAUGAUCGCUUGCCUGUCAUCCAAGUCUGGGAUCUACGUUUUGCCAGCUCCCCUUUGAAAAUGCUGGAAAAUCACACAAGAGGGAUUCUGUCCAUAUCAUGGAGCAAAGAUGACCCAGAAUUGCUUCUUAGCAGCGCCAAAGACAACCGGAUCCUUUGCUGGAACCCAAGCACCAGUGAGGUGGUAUACGAACUGCCCACAAAAAGCCAGUGGUGUUUUGAUGUGCAGUGGUGCCCGCGUAACCCAUCCGUGUUUUCUGCAGCCUCAUUCGAUGGCUGGAUCAGUGUUUAUUCUGUCAUGGGUGGGAGUUUAGAAGCACAACAGAGAAGUCAGGCUGACAAGAUCUCGUCUUCCUUUAACAACUUGGAUCCCUUUGGUACUGGGCAGCCUUUACCUCCUCUACAGGUUCCACAGCAGGUUUCUCAGACAACUGUUAUCCCUCCUUUGAAAAAGCCCCCUAGAUGGAUACGACGACCAGUGGGAGCCUCAUUCGCUUUUGGAGGGAAAUUGGUCUCCUUUGACUCUCCAAAAUUAUCAGUAGUGCCGACCCCUGAGCCAAUCCCCCGCCAGGUAUACAUCAGCCAGGUUACCACAGAACAGGAGUUCCUGGCGCGCUCCAGCGAACUGCAAACCGCUCUCUUGUCUGGGAACCUCCGGAGCUACUGCCAGAAUAAAGUGCAGAGCAGCUCUCAAGUGUACGACAAGAAUAUCUGGAACUUCCUUAAGGUUAAUUUUGAACAAGACGCCAGAGAGAAAUUCCUCAAGCUGCUCGGAUAUAACAAGGAAGAGCUGGAUAAGAAGAUCUCCAGUGCUCUGGGCGAGAGUCGGCAUAGCAAGAGCAGCCCUUCAGAGGCCGAGGAUCUGGUUCCAAGCAUCCAGUCAGUGUCCAGCCAGGGCUCAAGUAGCUUCACAGGACAAACAUCAGCCUCGUCCUCAAUGGAGUUUUUUAAUCUACCUCCUCCAGAUUCAGCCAAGUUUGAGAUUCCAGUUACCACAGACAUUGAUGGACUCAUUAGCCAGGCAUUAUUGCUGGGGAAUUUUGAGGGAGCUGUGGACCUAUGUUUGAAAGACGGGCGCUUUGCUGAUGCCAUCAUAUUGGCCAAUGCUGGAGGUGAAGAUUUACUGAGAGAGACACAACAGUGGUACUUUGCUCAGCAAAAAAAUAAAAUCACUGCGCUCCUCUCAUCAAUCGUACAACACAAGUGGAAGGACGUAGUUCUCAACUGUAACCUACAGAACUGGAAGGAAGCGCUGGCCCUGCUGCUAACUUAUUCCAAGCCGGAGGAUUUUUCAGACCUUUGUGAUGCUCUAGGAAGCCGUCUGGAGUUGGAGGGUGAGGGCAAGCUGUCCUCCCAAGCCUGCUUUUGUUACAUAUCUUCAGGGAAUGUGGACAAGCUAACAGAAUGCUGGGUGAAAAACCAUGAGACCUCAGUUCCUCUCGCACUUCAGGAUUUAGUAGAAAAAACCAUGGUACUGAAAAAGUCAGUUGAGUUACUGCGUGGUACAGCGCUGCCUCCACAUGGUCCAAUACUCGCUGAGAAGGUGGCGCAGUAUUCUAGUCUAUUGGCAGCGCAGGGAAACCUGUCUGCAGCUAUGAACUACUUGCCGGAUGACUCUGAUCAGAUUUCGGUCCGCCAGCUGCGUAGUCGUCUUUUGAGAGCUCAGGGAGAGGCUCUUAGUGGGCAGCCGGGGGUCUUCAGAAUCUCCAGCACUGAACCGUCCCCCAGAGAUGGCAGCAAACAGACGCUGUCCCAGCCGACACCCAUCACAGGGGUACCCGGUCAGCCACCAGUGCCUUCUGUAUUCACUCCUCAACCUGUGCCCACAGCAGUGCGCCACCCUCCAGCAGCCCCUGGGCAACCCUCUGUUGCUUAUCCCAGACUCGGAACAUGGCAGCCUUACCCAGCAUCACAGCCGGCUGCUCAAGCGUUUGUGCAGCCUUCACCUUAUAACCAGCCAGGAUUUCAAGGCCGUGGUCCCACAGCAUUCCUUUCCCAUUCCAUGCCCCCCACAGGUCCAGUAAAUAUACCAGGAAUCCCCCUUGGACCUAACUCGUUUCCUCAGGCCUCUGGAGCUUCUGCACUUCCCCCCUCUUCUCAGUCCAUCUCAAGACCUCUACCAGCUAUGGGCCAGCCUCCUACUCCUCCGUCCAUCACAUCCUCCCAGCCUCCUUUUAGCUACCCCACAGGAGCAGGAUUUCACCAUGGGGGACCUGGAGCACCAACUACUCUCCCACCACCUCCAACAGGAUUUCUUCCCUGGCUUGACAACCGCCAUGACCUAUCAGUCUGUGACCAGGAAGGCUGGAACGAACCUCUCAACUUCAAGCCUGCCACGUCAUGGAAAAAGCCAGUUCAGUUCGUCCCUCCAGCCCCAAUCACAACUCCUGUAAUGAGCAUGGUCCCUGAACCAGAGAAUAUGCAUUCUCAUAUGGGUAACAGUCAGGACCCAAACCAAGCUCCUCCUGGUGCACCGAAAGAAGCCAGCAUGCAGAAAAUGCACCGGCUGCCAGUAGAGAAAGUAAAGAAAAAAGAUUUGCCACCUGAGCACCUUCCACUUCAGAGUACGUUUGACGGCCUAGUGCAGCGUUGUUCCGCAGUGACAUCAGAUCCAAAAACUAAAAGGAAGUUAGAUGAUGCAUCGCAGAGGUUGGAGUGUUUGUACGACAAACUGAGAGAGAAUGCUUUGUCCCAGCACAUCCUUAACGGACUGCAUGAAAUUGCGCGCUGUAUAGAGGCCCGGAACUACCAGCAGGGUCUUGUUGUUCAUACACAGGUGGUCAGCAGCAGCAAUUUUAGCGAUAUUUCUGGGUUCAUGCCCAUCCUAAAGGUUGUAAUGACUAUAGCCUGCAAGCUGGGCGUGUAACAGCGGAGCGACAAGUAGCUACAGAGACGUGUAUGAUCAGCCUGUCCCUAAAGAGACGUUCUCAGGAGGAUGAGCAUCCAGUUUGUGCCUCACAGGUGCAGCUUCUCAGUGUGUGUGUUUUUCUCUAUUUCUCGCUUUAUAUAUGCUGUGCAAUGUUUUGCAGGGACUUAACAUCAGUUUGCACUGUUGCAGGGUCAAGAAGACACCAUGUGGGUUAUAGUAUUAUAUAAAAUACACUGAACUUCAUUGCUGAGCUUUAUUUUUUAGAAAACUUCUUUACGUGGAAUUUCAUUUUCAUUUUCAAAUGUCCGCUCCAAAAAUGGCACCAAACAAAAUAUCAUGUAGGUUUAGAGUAAAUCCCCUCAGCUGUCGGGGCUGCGACCCAUUGCUAAGCAGACAGGUUGUUAACCCUAUUGUAGCCAUAUGUUGGUAAUACAGACAUGUUUCAAAUGCUAGGGGGUGACCGGUUCGUUGUUGCAACAGAAACAAAUACCAGAGUAGGUGCUAUGCAAAUGAUCCUGCUACUAGCUGCUUUACACAAGGCUCCACUAAGUUACAUUUAUGGUUAUACUUAAGUUAGGUGCAACAUUUCAUAAUUGCCCUUGGUUUCUGGCAUUUGGUUAGAGUGUGCAACUCCAAAUAUAUUAAAUUGCAUGUCCUGAUUUAUCCUGUGCAGGAACUCACCAAAUGCUAAAAACUCGGGGAAAUAUUAUGUGUUUGCAAAAUGAAUAAUGAAACGUUACAGCGUGACUGAAGGCUUUUGCUAAAUGUCUCGCUUCUCAAAUUACACAAAGCAUUCAGGGCCAGUGGUUUCAAAUAGUGAUGCAUUUGCAGUAGUCCUCAGAUCAGGUCUGUAUAAUGUUAUCCGCUGUAUAAUGUUAUCCGCUGUAUAAUGUUAUCCGCUGUAUAAUGUUAUCCGCUGUAUAAUGUUAUCCGCUGUAUAAUGUUAGCCGCUGUAUAAUGUUAUCCGCUGUAUAAUGUUAUCCGCUGUAUAAUGUUAUCCGCUGUAUAAUGUUAUCCGCUGUAUAAUGUUAUCCGCUGUAUAAUGUUAGCCGCUGUAUAAUGUUAUCCGCUGUAUAAUGUUAUCCGCUGUAUAAUGUUAUCCGCUGUAUAAUGUUAGCCGCUGUAUAAUGUUAGCCGCUGUAUAAUGUUAUCCGCUGUAUAAUGUUAGCCGCUGUAUAAUGUUAUCCGCUGUAUAAUGUUAGCCGCUGUAUAAUGUUAUCCGCUGUAUAAUGUUAUCCGCUGUAUAAUGUUAUCCGCUGUAUAAUGUUAUCCGCUGUAUAAUGUUAUCCGCUGUAUAAUGUUAUCCGCUGUAUAAUGUUAUCCGCUGUAUAAUGUUAUCCGCUGUAUAAUGUUAUCCGCUGUAUAAUGUUAUCCGCUGUAUAAUGUUAUCCGCUGUAUAAUGUUAUCCGCUGUAUAAUGUUAUCCGCUGUAUAAUGUUAGCCGCUGUAUAAUGUUAUCCGCUGUAUAAUGUUAUCCGCUGUAUAAUGU